GAUAAUUUAUGGAAAAUCAAGCAGAAAUUAACUCUCAAGCCAUCUUCGAGUAUGUCAAGAAGCUUGAGAAGGAAAAUCAGGAUCUAAAGAGCCUUGUUAUGGACCUCCAUGAGUACAUCCAAGAUUUAAAAGAAGAGUCUGAAUAUUAUCAGUGGAAAUGCAAAAGCCAAAAUUUGGAAUAUUUAACAAAAAUUGGGGGUAAAGAAGAUAAUGCUUUAAAGAAAGAAUCUAUGACUUAUGUGACACCGAAAAAGAAGCCAUCAGAAUGUGCUAUAGUGUCAGCUUGAUAUGAGGGGAUUACCUCCCACAGUAAGAAGAGGACUCUUUCAUUUGAAGAAUUUAAAGAGAAAAGUCCAAUUUGUCAGAAGCAAGAUGCUAAUUUUACUGAUCACGACAAUUUUCCUAAUUGUGAUUUUGAGAAUAAUACUAAAUCAAAAGGGAAACACUCAGAAACUGAUUCUCAGACCUCAGAUAUCACAUUGAAAUCAACCUCUAGAGAUAAAUGAGAAGAGCAUUUUAUCCACAAAUAUCAGAGAGACAUUGAUAACCCAGAGGAUGAUCAUGAAUCAAUUAUGUCAGAAAAGUCCUUGCGCUCACCUCAUGAUACUCCCACCUUCGGGUUAUCCCAAACCUACGACAUCCCUGUGACUCCAUUAACUGAGAUUUGUGCAAAUAUGAUUCCAAAGAGUUCGCCUUGUAAGAAACUCAUCAUGAAGAAGGAGCCAAACAACAUCCCUAAGAAGUCUGUAAGCAAGAUUCCUCUACUGAAGAGAGCUAGGAAGAAGCAGCGUAGUGCUAUGUCUCAUUCUACUGUACAAGUCUCUUCAAAACUUACAUCUAAAAAGAAGUAUCUCAAGUAGCCAAA